AUGAUUCUCGUCCACGGUGUCGGUCAAGGACCAUCGGAUUGGGCUCUGAAUGUCGCGAACAACGUUCUGAAGGGAGCGGAGCGCUCCGUCCUGGUGGUUGACUGGUCCCAAACAGGCGAAGAAUCCUUCCUGGAUUUCGAUUACGCGCAAGCUCUGGCGAACGCUCUGCUCGUUGGCCGGCAAAUUGCGGUUGUCAUCAAGAACUUUGUCUUGCGCAAGAAUCUGCUCACCCUGAAAAACGUCAAGACCGCUCACAUACAUUUCGUAGGCUUCGCGGAGGGUGCGCAGAUGGCCGUUUCCUUCGCUGACCAUCUCUACGAACUCACCGGGAUGACCAUCUAUAGGAUGACGGCCCUCAACCCGACGUCCCCGUUCUUCGAGACGUUCAACCAGUCUAUCUCCCAGAAAACAGCCAAGUACGUCGAUGUCGUGCAUACGUCCGCGGGUCUAUCGGCACCGGGCUUCUACAAUCACAUACGAAUCGGUCAACUCGGUAUCAUGCGACCCUUGGGACACCUCGACGUAUACUUCAACGGGGGCACAACCCAACCCGGCUGCAAUGCGAUAAAUGACUUACUAUGCAGUCACCGGCGAGCUUUCGAGUAUCUGCUGUUCGCCACCGACCCCAGGACCCCUUGUGUUUUCAACAUGUACAACUGUACCGGGACCGCACAGCUCGGAUCGAUGUGUGGAAAGAGAAUAUUAGCGGAUAUCUAUUCUUUAGAAUACAGCCUGUUGAGGGAACCCAGGGGAAUUAGGAUGGUCAAGGUUUCCCACAGGCCACCGUUUUGUGAAUGA